UUUCUUUAAAUUUAAAUAUUACGACUGUGCUCGCACCAUUAAAAUAUUUGAUUUAUAACAAAUAUAUUAUAUUUUUAGACCCAACGACUACAAAAAUAUGCGUUGCGCAUGCGCAGUACCUUCUUCUUACUUAAUUACUUUUUAAAACUUAAUUCCUUAACGUAACUACUGCAGUAAAUCAUUUCGCAGAAGUAAAUGUUUCAAAAUGUUUAUGAACAACCAGUAACAAAGUAUGAAUAUUUCUGUCUUUGUUUAUAUUCUCCACGUUCAUAUAAACUAGGCUUGGCGGCUUGGUUAUGUUACUCUAUAAACAUGUCUUAUAAAUUUAAUAAAAAUCAAAAAUUAUUAAUACAAUUAAUCAAUGGUGAUGUAAUAGAGGGUCAGUUUGUGUCCAGCACCAGCUCAAGACUGAACGUCAGAAAUUGUUUGACUCCGCACACUCAAACUAAAGACCCAUCCACACAACAUUUCUAUGAGAGUGAAAUAGUCAAUGUCAAAGCAUUUGAAUUAGAAGAUGUACAAUCAGAUACAUCUGAAGAACAACUCAAAGUAGAAGUAGAAGCAAAUAAAGUAAUCAAGAUACCACAAAACAAAUACAAUGCAUUGAAAGCAUUAAACAAAAGCUAUGUCUACAUGGCCACAAUGGAUGCUCGAUACUAUACAGCUGUGGAUGAUCUAGUAAACUGUGAAACAAUUGCUUGUACAAUACUAAGUACUGAUUUUGGCAGAGCUGCACCUAUUGAAUUAUUAGUCCUGGCUACUUGGGAGCAAGUUUAUAUCUUUGACAUCUCUCUAUAUAACUGCAAACAGUUUCCAGAUGCAUUGAAAUAUAUACUGGAGUGUGAAGACAUUGUUAAAGUCGUGCAUGAUUCCAGAGGGUUAGUGGACUGCAUGCAUCAUCAAUACCAUAUCAAAGUUAUGAAUAUAUUUGACACAUAUGUUGCUACAGAGAUGGUUUCUGAUGAGAAAUUGACUCUACCUGAAUGUCUGUUAUACUAUUUUAAUUUCCCACUGACUUUAAUAAAGGAAGCUAUGGAUCUCAAACAAAUGUCUGAAUGGGGAAGAAGACCAUUAUCUGAUGAAAUAAAGCAAUAUGCUGCAAUGAAUGUGCAGUAUCUGAUCACACUGAAGAAUCAUUUACAAAAACAGCUAUUAAAGGAAUUCCAUGAGAGAGUACUCAAGCAUUCACAGAGUACUAUUGAACAGUCCUACCUAAAUGCACAAAUGAGUUUAGGUAGUCUAAAUAUUAAUAAAGAAUGAUGAAUUAAUUGAUUAUAUAAAUAA